UUUCUGAAACAUUUCUCAAAUAUCGGAGACCUCACCUUUAAUUGCUGUAAUCUGUAAUCUGUAAUCUGAGAUGACGCACGAAGCCACGCCCACUUCCCUUCUCAUGUCCAGCUCCAUGGUGAAGGACUGAAGACUUUUCUGAUGUUUUCUCUCCGUUUCAGCUGUAAAUAUCAGUGAACAUGGCGGAUAAAGCAGAAGAAUCUCCUCUGCUGUGUGCAGAGACGAGUGAAGCUGAACUUUACACGUCCGUCACGUCAGAACAUGUCCCGUCUGCUCCACCAUAUCAGGGAGAGGCUCCUCCUCCAUACUGGGCGGUGCCCGUUGUUGGCUCCGCCUCCCUGUGUUGUGGUGUGUGUGGAGCUCAGAUUGCACUGAACUCUAACAGCAGCCAGUAUAUAGUGAAGUGUGGAGUUUGUCAGGAGGCCACGCCCUUGAGGAGUCCCCCUGUAGGAAAGAGGUUUGUUCGCUGUCCAUGUCAUUGUCUCCUGAUCUGUAAAAUCUCCUCCAAGCGAGUGGCGUGUCCUCGUCCUCAGUGUAAGAGACUGAUUGAGCUGACGGAUCUGAACACUGCUGUGGUGCAGUGUUAUGGGACACGAGCCAUCUGUGGCCACUGCAGACAAACCUUUCUGGUCCCUGGAUCAGGAGAAAAGCAGCGUGUUCGAUGUCCUCACUGCCAUGACGUGAGCUUUAUUGGACAGCGCUAUGCCAUGAAGCGCUGCAUUUACUCCUCGCUGUUGGCCGUCUUCUUCGCCGUCAUCGCUGGAGGACUAAUCGCUGCCACAGUGGAGGAGGCGAGGGAUUACAACGCCGUCUACGCCCUCUGGACUUUUUUGCUUCUGUUGUGUGUGGGUUGUGUGUGUGGGGCCGUGUAUUGGGCUCGGGUUAAAAUCAGUACUCCUCUGCAGAGUCAAUCUGUGUGAACCUCCAUACUUCCAUUCUCUGUGUCCAGGACGUACCAUCGCUAUCGCUAAUCAGGUGUUAGCCUUCAUCUCACAGCUCUGUACUGAAAUAACAGAAUUUAUUCAUUACACUUCAUCGGUGUAUCGGUCUAAUUACUCGACAGUUUGGAUGAUCAUGUGUAAUAUUUUAAACAAGAAUAAAAUGAUUAAAUAAAUAGUUUAUAGAGUGGGGUCGAAAUGAGGGGGAGAGGGGGGGUUAAUUUUUUAAAAAUGAAAUGCAAUAAAAUUAAAUAAAUAAAAAGAACAAGAUAAAAUAAGUUAGAAUGCUCUUGGCUGUGCUAAACUAAUAAAAAACAUAGUGUAUUAACCAGAGUGGACGAUUAACACUUCCGAUCUUAUAAAUCUAAAGGUUUAUAAUGUGCAAAUAAAUGUAAAAAUAACACCUCUGCAGCUACACGCUAAUAAUCUAGAUGCUAGAACACUGAGUUGCUGAGGUACUUUAAUGCAAUUUAAUGUCAUUUCUGAGGUAAUUGUUUUUAAAUCAAGCUGCUAAAAUUUAUAUAAAUAAAUCUGCUGAGAGGUUUUGUGUGUUAAACAUGAAUAUAUAUCUGUGCAACAAUAAUAAAGUGAUGAUUCUUAAAUUGUAACCGUGUUUAAUCUGUGUUAAUCUCAUUUUUAUCUUGAUGUCUUCUGCCUGUGAGAGUUUUAUGUAUUUAUGAAUUGGAAACCGAAGCAGGAGGAAGUUAGAUUUAAACCCUGACCGCACAGGAAGGAGGAUUUGCUGCUGCUCUGUUGGAUGUAAAAGAGUCGAUUCUUUCUUUUACAGUAAACACUGAGAGCUGACUGGAGACGUGUGAACGUUUUUGUUUGGAAUGUUUGUUUCUCCUACAGUGUAAUAUAGAAAAAUACUUUAAUGGAAAUGUCUUUUCAGUAUUUGAGUAAAUGUACUUGACUACC